AUGUACGCGCUCACAGGCGUCGUGUACGUGACGGGGGCGCUGCUCGGGGUCACGGGGCUGGUCAUCAUGUACAUUUUGGUGAGCUGUAGCCACAUCGAAAGCUCCAACCUGCUGGAACUGAAUUGCGUGGUGGGCAUCGUCUGGAUCGGGCGGCCGCUGCUGCGGCUGCGGGGGGUCACCUCGGUCUGCCUCUUGAGUACGGCGACGGUGGAGCUGCGACGGGACCACCAAGUCGCCCACUUUGUCGUGACCGACUUGCAUGCCACUCUGGUGUAUGCCACCUCAAGCAGCUUGCUGGUGUGGGCGGUGGCCGCUGUCUUUUCCAUCGCCGACCCCGCGACGACGCUGUGGCAUUGGAAUCGACCAGCGCACGCCUUGCCUACCGACUCGCUCUUGCUGUCGUCCGGGGCCAAGUAUUUGUUUGCAAGGGACGACCGGCUACAUGAAAACCACGUGUAUUGCAUUGACUCGGCAUCGGCGCUCCUGAAUGGCCUCGUGUCGUAUCGAACAAAAUACCAUAUUCUUGUCAUGGACAUCAAGUCGUGGUGAGGCGUGCGCUUAACCCGCCCCCGCAGGAAUCGUCCCGCGACAUCUUCGAAACGCCAUUGCCCUGGCUAAAUAGAACAUUCGAACCAUCCAUCUAUACUAGUA